AUGUUCAUUCUUUUUUGUUCUCUCGCUCUGCCGUUUACGACUUUUCGCGGCCUCUUCGACGUCCUGACAAAGCGCGAAUUCGGCUGUCUCCGAAAAUGCAUCGUAAGUCCCUUUUGUCGGUUUGUAAAGUCAAUCCAAGUGCAAGCGAGAUCCGUUUCUGUUGGAUCCGCUCAAAAGAGGCAUUUCCUCCAAAAACUUGUGUACACACAUACACACACGUACGUACCCCAAUUUGCUUUCAUCCAAUCCCCAUCUGUACCAGAGGAGCCUGCGUCAUCAUCUGGACACGUUAACGGCGCUGGCAGCCAACCUGCUCCCGUCUCCACACCCUCAUCCUCAGCAUGUGCCGUCUUUGUGGAGAAAGGGGGCGAAAGCGAGCGAGAAUGGGCAGGACGACAAGUUGAGACUCACAAACGACGAGAAUGCAAUGCUAAUGAAUGCACUACUAUUGUUGAUGAUGAUAAUGUUGUUGUUGUUGUUGCUGGUGGUGAUAAUGGUGGUGGUGGUGGUGGUUGA